AUGCCCAACGAUUAUCAGCCUUUGCCCCGCGGCAAGUCUGUACCCACGUACAACGUGAAGAUACUCGCAGGCACUUCGCUCCACACGCCGACCAAGUAUUUACAGAAACACCUACCGACUGUUUCGAGACCUGCUGUUCCAUCACGCGUCUCAUCCUCACUCAACAGCCAGUUGAACACCAAGACCAUGCCUAGCGAAAAGAAGAUAACGCCUCGCGGAUCCUCUCGGAAGCCCCGCAAGUCUAAAUCUACAAACAACCUGAGCGUACUCUCAGGCACUACCCCACCCGUUAUUCCAUCAUCUCCCACGACGAAGGACCAGGCUGAAGAAUUCGAGCGUAUACUCAAACGAAUGAAGACCUCAAACACACUGGUAUCCGUUGGAGACAUACGGCGCGCCCUCGCAUCACGAGUCUCUUCCGAAGACGUUGAGCACUCCGACACCACAGAAAAGGAUAAGCCAUAUGGCUGCACAGUCUGUGGAAAACGUUACACUAGCAGUUAUGGCCUCGAGAAUCACCUUUCACGCACGCCGGACUGCAUCAAUGGACCACAAGAGCGGUUUCAUUGUAAAUUAUGCGGCAAACACUACAAGAACCCCGAAGGCCUCAAGGCCCAUCACAAAACAGCGCCAAACUGCAACACCGGGCCUCCAGUGCUCCUGGACAAUUCCGCUGGUAGGAAAAGGGGGGAGCCGCAUCGCUGUGAAAUCUGCGCCAAAGUUUUCGCGUCGAGCAUCGGCCUCAGGUAUCACCGCCAGUUUGCGGUGACAAAAUGCAAUUCUAGAAAAGCUGCCGGUUUAGCCGUCAAGAGUAAAAAGGCAAAGAGUUACCGCUGUGGGAGCUGCGGCAAAAGCUACAAGAACAGCAAGGGUCUCAAGUAUCAUCUAAAGGACGCGGCGGUAAAAUGCACGAUGCCCACGACAAUACCUCCACACUUCGAGCCUGGGGCUUUCCCUCUCGCUAUACCCGAACACUCCACCUACCUUAAAAACGCUUUUCGCGAUCUCACCACGAAGACUGGCCUAGAGCAGAAACAGGCGAUGGCGGGGGUUCAGUACUGCUUGGAUUCGCUGGAUGUCAAGAUUCAGAGAGUCUGGGGAGGCCUGAUCAAGAAAGCAGAAGAAUACGGUACCGGCAAUGGCGCUGAGGAGGAUAAAGAGAAUGACCCUUGGGAGGAUGUCGUUAGUGUGGAUGAUACGGGGGAUUCCAGCGAUACAGAGGCAUACGAUACAGGGAUAUGGGCCCAGGAAAGGUCGGAGAAUGAAAUGGAAGAUGUUGAUGGUGUGGACGAGAUGGAGGUUUACACAAACACCAAAGCGGGCGGGGAUAAUGAGGAGAAGGCGGAGGAGUCGACUUCUCCAACUGACAUGUUGCCACAUUGGGCUACCCCAAGAGGCAUUUUCAAUACUCUCGGGACAAUUGGACGGAAAGGGACGAGCGACCAGGCAGUCACGCAUCCGAUCUCCGAGAGGGACAAUCUUGACGCACGGGCGGCUGCAAUGCACCCUGCCAGCAGGUGGAGGAUAUACGGGGGACCUAUAACGAUUCAUGACCCAUUACUGAGACGCAUCAAUAAAGAAGGGCAAAUGUCAUCGAAGAAGCGGAAGAGGAGCGAUGUCAUUGAUACGGACUCCCCCGCCUCGAAACGCAUCGAUGCGGCAGCAUCAGUCUCUCCGACUAGGAAAAUCCUUCACACAACCGUGAAUCCUGAACGGCCCAGUGCUACGUUAGAAGAGGGAUUGGCGUCGUUUGUGAAGCAUACAGCAGUGGAGACUAUCGAUCUAGGCAUAGAAUCGGAAGGUGAAGGGCCCGCCAACAGCGCGAUUCCUGAUACAGAAGCACCACUGCCUCCGACUGGCUCCAAAACCCGAGACUCGAGCAGCCGCGAGUAUGAUGGGUCAGCGAGAACCCCUUGGAGUUUGCCGGGGCAAAUGGACUUCUCUCCCAUGCCCGGAACGAUAUCAGGCCUCGUGGCCGGCAUGGACGAGGCACAGAAAGUGGAGUUUUGGCAAGACUGA